AACAAGUGAAAACCUAAUCCCUAAAACCACGUCGACGGAGAAAAUGGCACUCCCGUCGCCUUCCCUCCGACUUCUUCACCUGCACUCCGUCCGUGUCUUACCCCCAAAACGGAUGCGUUUUGCGUUCGACAAUGACCUUCGAUCUUCCUUCGCCGGAUAUUCAGCGGCUUCCCUCUCCGUCGUCGCAAAGUCUGCCGCCGGGACGAGGUCGAAGUCGAAGUCGAAAGGGGAAGCUCCUCCGCUCAUCGCUACCGUUUUGGAAGACGUAAUCGCAGAAGAUGAAGAGACUCUCGAAGAAGUUCAAGAAGAGCUGGAAACUGUCAACAUUGCCGAAGAUGUCACUCAAUUGAUUGGGAGAACGCCGAUGGUGUAUCUUAACAAAGUCACAGAUGGAUGUGUUGCGGACAUUGCUGCUAAGCUUGAAUCCAUGGAACCCUGUCGAAGCGUCAAGGACCGGAUCGGCCUGAGCAUGAUAACUGAGGCAGAAGAAACUGGAGCCAUCAGCCCUGGAAAGACCGUAAUAGUAGAACCAACAACUGGAAACACAGGGCUCGGGAUUGCUUUCGUGGCAGCAGCCAAGGGGUACAAGCUUAUAGUCACCAUGCCAUCUUCCAUAAAUGUUGAAAGAAGGAUACUUUUACGUGCACUUGGAGCGGACAUUGUACUGACAAAUCCUGAGAAAGGUGUGCGAGGGGCAGUGGAUAAGGCCAAAGAGAUUGUUCUUAAGACUAGGAAUGCGUAUAUGUUUCAGCAGUUUGACAAUCCGGCUAACACAAAGGUCCAUUUUGAGACGACAGGACCAGAAAUCUGGGAAGAUACGAUGGGUAAUGUGGAUAUGUUUGUUGCUGGAAUUGGUACUGGUGGUACAGUCACAGGCACUGGAGGUUUCUUAAAGAUGAUGAACAAGGAUAUUAAGGUAGUAGGCGUUGAACCGGCAGAUAGAAGUGUCAUUUCCGGGGAAAACCCAGGGUAUUUACCAGGAAUCUUGGAUGUCAAAGUACUCGAUGAAGUCUUCAAGGUAACCAACGAAGAAGCAAUUGAAAUGGCAAGGAGAUUAGCAUUGGAGGAAGGUUUGCUGGGAUUUCGUCUGGAGCGGCUGCAGUUGCAGCCAUCAAUUUGGCUAAAAGGGCUGAGAAUGCAGGGAAACUCAUCACUGUCGUAUUUCCGAGCUUUGGGGAGAGGUAUAUUCCGACAGCUCUUUUCAGUUCAAUACACAAAGAAGUUCAAGAAAUGGGACACUAGUAGUAUUAGCCCACAUGGGAUUCAUUAUUCACAUGCUCCGGAGAGUUCCCAACCAAGGAAAACGAACAACCCUCCACUCCAGACAGAGUGUUCAUCCAAACAUUGGCAAGAAGUUGACAUUGCAGAGUUCUACUCCGACAAAUCUGACCACUUGAUGAUGAGAGUUCAGAAACCUUCUUUUUGUAUCUUUAAGAAAUGUUUGUUAUCAUAAUAGUCAUUUCUUAGGAUAUAAUUUUUUUUAUGCAUAUUCCAAUUUGAUUUAAAAUAAUAAUAAUAUACCAUUGGUUUGA